AGAAGAGAGGAAUUGAAAUCUUUUGGGAAUUGAGGAARCAAAAUUKAUGCCUUGAUACUGCCUCAGUUUUGUAAUUGAUCGGGAAAUUUAAGUUGUGCCAUGAUGGAAGAUGAUCAGGGUGCUAGCCCUCAGUAUAAUCACCAGGAAGACACUGGCAGCACUGGUACCAUUGACACUCGCUAUAUAAUCAGUAAAUUUGGAAUACUCAAAAUACUUGAAAUUAUACUCCUUCUWAUAGCAUUUGCAUCACUAACUGGAUACACAGGACAAACACCAACAGAUCAAGACAAGCACAAAGGGAGAUAUGAUUUCUUUUACUUUGCAACCAUUACAACAUGGCUUAUUGUCAUUAUUUUAUUCCUGGUUUAUGGAAUCAGGAUGAACAGAAAACUCAAUAUCAACUGGAACCUUGCUAUGAUGGUGUACUCUGUUGUUACAGCAUUUUUGCUGCUUCUUGCAUCAUCRCUCGUUCUUGAUGCUGUGAUUGAAUAUAGAGGAAAAGAAGGCUUAGAUAGCCACAAGAAUUGGUUAAUGUAUUGCGAACUGGAAAAAUGUGGAAAUAUUGAAGC